UCGAAAUGGAUUUCGCUGAACAGUUUUCAAUUUAGGAUCGUUUGAACACGAUCACGUACCUAUUCUUUUUUUGAAUCAUGAUUUAGCUUGUGAUUUGUGUUGUUUUUUUCCAUGUGGUAAAAAUCCACAUAAAAUGGGUGAUUCUAUUUUGUGUGGUAAAAUGAAAGAUAUUCGUGCAAAGAUGGUGCAUGGAAGUUUCUUGAUUGGUAUCCUUUUUCUACUCCAAAUUAUCCCCCAAAGUCAACAAAUGGAAUCGGAGAAUAAUUACUUUAUGGAAAUGGUUAUGUCAAUACGUGAAUCUAGAAAUGGAAGCUGUGCAGAAAUCAAACAAGAAUCUGUUCAACUAAUCGCAGCGUUUUAUUACGCCAUGUCUAUCAUCAGUAGAGCUGAGACGUACCCGAGGAUCAAUUACUUUACAGUAGGGGUAGAUUUUUGUGAAAUAGUGAACUAUUAUCAGUCCGAGUUUCAAGUGUUGAAAAAUUUUUACCGAGAACAAAGUAGCUCAGAAAACGAUACAAUCGUAUACAACAAUUUCCCCGACUUACAAGCUUUCCUACCUUCCGGCGAAAAUCUAACUUUAUUUGAAAGUGAAGCAGAUGAGAUUUUUCAAGAACAAAAUAUCACUGAAUUGGAUUUAGCAAAUUUGACUACGAAUGUAAUUUCAAUCGAAGAAAUGAUUACUACCUCAACAUUUAUGCCAACGAUUCCAAUAACUCAGAAGAAUUUAUUUUGGAAAAAAGCGUUAAACGUGAAACAUUAUUGGAAUAAACUGAUGACGAAGAAAACUGUGGCAACAAAAGCUCCUCAGCUUGUACGUAAAGUGAAGUUGAAUAGGACUACAACAAGUACUACUCCAGAUCCGACAGCAUCUACGAUUGAACCGAUUAAUAUUACAGAACUUCUCGAAACAUCGGACGUCGAAUGGUCCAAUGAAAACAGCAUGUACUUCAAUGUUUCUAAAAAAUGGUUGAACGGAGUCAAUCCACAAUUAACAGUAUUAGUAGAAGCUGCUUCAACAUUCAGCGUGUACAAAGAUCUGUUCCUUGACGAUUACGCUCUGAAUAAUGUUCCGAUUAUUUCGAAUAAUUUCGAGUUUCAUCCACACGAAGCAGAAUUACAAACUCUUAUAGGCGAUCUUUUAGAAUGUCACCAGUGGACCAUUUUAUCAGUCAUAUAUUCUCAAAGCAUCGAAGAAAAAAAACGCUACGUUAAUUUCCUACGAAACUUCCAACACGUCUGCGUCUCCGAACAAAUUGCCAUUACAGAAGAAAGCACAGAUACCGAUUUCAACCAUUUAGUUUGGUUAUUACAUACGAAUAUUCGUAACACCAAUGUUAUUAUUUGCUUUUGCAGUAGAAAGGAAAUAGAGAAAUUAAUGCAAGCUGUUUCUCGUUACGAUGUCGUAAUGCCAUUCACAUUUAUAUUUGUUCUAGAUGGACUAAUGGAGCAGUUAAAUUUCACCGUCGGAUUCGAAGAGCAACUCCUCGAUAGUUAUGUUAUAGGAAGGGAAAUCGAUUACGUGGAGGAGUUCAGUAAAGUAUACGUAGCUGAUUAUCUCUCAGCUCAGAGGCUGCAUCCUUGGGCUUCCGAAUUCAAAAUGCAGAAUGAAAUUGGCUUGAAUAUUACGACAAAUGAUACGAAUAAUAAUGAAACAGCUGAAGAAUUUUUAAACGACUAUGUCGUUAAUCCCGAAGUAAAAGGAAUCAUUAUGGGAGUAUUUGCAGCAGAUGCAGCUCUUCGAACGUAUUUGCAGCCGAGAAUAAAUUCCAAGUAUUUUAAUAGCAACGUUUCUUUUAUGAGUAUUUGGAACGAUAUUAAAAAAGGAUUAAAUUCGCACGAAAAAGACUUGAAUCAUAAUUUCCUAUCAUUUAACAAGUUAAAUCUAUUUAGAUUUGAGAAAUUCCAAGAUGGUAAUACGACGACGUACAGUUUCAAUUUGGUCAAUGAUACUUUGGCGGAUUGUGUGAAUAACAAAGAAAUACCAUUACAUUAUAUGAGUCUAAAUAUACCAGUACAAAGAUCGACGGUUUUCAAAUACGAAUGCAUUGAAUCGUGCCCACGCGGAUAUGAAAGUAUUUCAAAAAAUAUGCAUUGCUUGGUGUAUGAUCCUGGUGAAGAAGAAUGGGAAAAAGUACGAAACUGCACAGAAUGCCUGAAAUUCCCAGAAGAAGAUGUUUACGGACAUUCGAUGAUGGCUCCAAUGCUAAUCUCAGUUCUGGGAUUAUUCUUGACAGCCAUGGUAUCUCAGACUUUUGUCAUGCAUAAUGAACAUCCUGUCGUUAAAACCACCUGUUAUUUGAGCGCCAUCAUGUUGGGAUGCAUGAUGAUAUGUCAUUCGAUAGUCAUUCUAAUAUCGUUGAAGAUCUGCGUAUUUACCUGCGGAGUGUUCAAAUACGUAAUACCUCUCAACUUUACCGUCAUGCUUUCGGCUAUGCUGGUGGAAAUCAACAGAAUGUACAGAGCAUGGGAAAAACCUCCAUUUGCCGAGGUCGUCUCCUUACCCAGCAUAACUUCGAAGAAAUCUGCGAUCUUACUAAUGAGUGUAUUGAUCUCGUUCGAAAGCAUCAUGAUAUUUUUAUACUUGGCAUUAGGCAAAGAGAAAAUUUUCCACGAAGAAUACCUCUCGACCGGUUACGAGUUUAAUUUGGAUCGUCUAUGCCCAUUACAUUCGGAUACGACGCUGAUCAAUUAUUUUUUCAACGCGAUUAUCGUAUCAGUUACGCUUUUAUAUUCCAGAGUAGUGAAAAGUCUGAUGCGAAAUUUUUACGAAGCCAAGUACAUGUAUUGGACGAUGUGUCAGACAUUCGUAUUAUGGUUUGCAUUUUCCGCUCUGUAUUACAAAACUGAUUUAAAGGUGCUCGUAUUCAGUUUAUGCGUAUCAACCAACACUUUAAUCCAUCUACUGCUUAUAUUUUUCCCGAAAAUGUAUAUUAUUUGGUUUAAUCCCGACAUGAACGAUGUAAAGGGUUUCUACAAUAUGAACGAAUAUCAAGUUGACAGCCGCGGCAUGAAUUUGGAUACUACGAUAAUCGAAGAGAAGUCAGAAGUUUCGGAGGAUAAAGAAUAAAUGCAAAUACAUCAAGAUUCUUUGUCUGGCAUAUUAUGGAUUUUUGAUAUUUUCUAGUUAACGUAUAGACUGUGAUAAUUAAAUUUUUAUACUACGUAAUAAGAGUUACCUGUACUAUUUACCUACUUACAUACAUUUUCUGUUAUAUUUGUA